AUGUCCGAAGCCAUACAGCUCUAUAAGGAAGCUUUUGCUAAGUAUUGGACCGACACCCCAUUCUGCAUCGAACUUAUUGAACCAUAUCUGGUAUGCCCGCUCAAGCGAGACCUGGCACAGGGGGACAAUCCGAGACUCCAACACAAGGACGUUGACCGCAUCCGCCACAUCCAUGUCAUUGGCUGUUUGGAGUAUGAUGGCUUUGGCAACGUUUACACCUACUACCAUGAUGAAGGCAUUUGGCACAGCGUGAACGACCGACCGGGAGAGAAUGUGGAGUAUCUGUGGGUGCAACCUGACUCGUCCUCGCCCUGGGGUCAGCGGUUGGAUAGUGCCGCACGACAUGAAGAUGCUGUGGUCGCAGCCUGGGGUAGGACGGAGAGGGUGCCAUUUUACCAAGAACUACAGUGGAUGAUGACCGACCCCUCCAAUGGUGGUAUUUCCUAUUAA